AAACAAACAUAAUUUUGAAGAACUUCAUCCUCAACUCAACAGCCACAACAAAUGUAAAGAAAGCGAGAUAGAAAGAAGAAGAAGAAGAAGAUGAUGAGCUCUGCUUCACAGUUCUUGCACCUCACAAACAACAAACCUCCGUCACCACCAACUCCUCCCUCUAAACCAAACCUCACUUCUCACACUCUGUCCCAAAGAACCCACAUUCCUUCUCAUGUCUACAAGCACCCUUCAGCUCUCCUCCUCGAGCUCUGCACUUCCAUGAAAGAGCUCCACCAAAUCCUCCCUCUCAUCAUCAAAAACGGCCUCUACAACGAGCACUUGUUCCAAACCAAGCUCCUCAGCUUGUUCUGCAAAUACGGCAGUGUCAACGAAGCUGCUCGUGUUUUCGAGCCCAUUGAGGAUAAACUCGACGUGCUUUAUCACACUAUGCUUAAAGGGUAUGCUAAGAACUCCUCGUUACACAACGCCAUGUCUUUUUUUGUUCGAAUGAAGUGUGAUGAUGUUAAGCCUGUUGUUUAUAACUUUACUUAUUUGUUGAAAGUUUGUGGUGAUAAUGCGGACCUUAGGAGGGGUAAAGAGAUUCAUGGGCAGGUGAUAAGUAAUGGGUUUUCGUCGAAUGUGUUUGCAAUGACUGGGGUUGUGAAUUUGUAUGCGAAGUGUAGACAGAUUGAUGAUGCGUAUAAGAUGUUUGAUAGAAUGCCCGAAAGAGACCUGGUGUGUUGGAAUACGAUAAUUGCUGGAUUCGCGCAAAAUGGGUUGGCGAGAGUGGCGUUAGAUUUGGUUUUGAGGAUGCAGGAGGAAGGGCAGAAGCCUGAUUCAAUCACGGUGGUGACUGUCUUGCCUGCCGCUGCAAAUAUUGGGUCUUGGAGGAUUGGGAAGUUGAUUCAUGGGUAUGCUAUAAGAGCUGGGUUUGAGUUGCUUGUAAAUAUUUCUACUGCUUUAGUAGACAUGUAUUCGAAAUGUGGGUCGGUGGGGACUGCUCGGUUGAUCUUCGAUAGGAUGAAACAAAGGACUGUUGUUUCAUGGAAUUCCAUGAUUCAUGGGUACGUACAAAGUGGAGAUCCUGAGGAAGCAAUGUCAAUUUUCCAGAAGAUGUUAGAUGAAGGGGUUGAACCGACCAAUGUUACUGUUAUGGAAGCUUUACAUGCGUGUGCUGAUUUGGGUGAUCUUGAGCGGGGAAAAUUUGUUCAUAAAUUAGUGGAUGAAUUGAAACUUGGAUAUGAUGUUUCUGUAAAGAACUCUUUGAUAUCCAUGUAUUCCAAAUGUAAGAGAGUUGAUCUUGCUGCUAAAGUAUUUGAAGGCUUGCAGGGCAAAACCAUUGUCUCAUGGAAUGCCAUGAUAUUAGGUUAUGCUCAAAAUGGGCGAGUAAAUGAGGCUUUAAAUCACUUUUGUGAGAUGCAAUCCCAAAAUAUAAAACCAGAUUCAUUUACAUUGGUGAGUGUGAUUCCUGCUCUUGCAGAGUUGUCAGUUACGCGUCAAGCAAAGUGGAUGCAUGGACUUGUUAUAAGAAAUUGUUUGGACAAAAAUGUCUUUGUGAUGACUGCUCUUGUUGACAUGUAUGCUAAAUGUGGAGCUAUUCACACUGCAAGAAAGCUCUUUGACACGAUGGAGGAGCGGCAUGUGACAACUUGGAAUGCUAUGAUAGAUGGAUAUGGGACUCAUGGCCUUGGAAAAGAUGCUGUCGAAUUGUUUAAUGAUAUGCAAAAGGGAACCAUCAAGCCAAAUGACAUAACUUUUCUGUGUGUUAUCUCUGCUUGCAGCCACUCAGGUUUAGUGCAAGAGGGUCUCCGCAUCUUUUCCAGCAUGAAGGAAGAUUAUGGUUUAGAGCCUGCCAUGGAUCACUAUGGAGCUAUGGUUGACCUUCUUGGUCGAGCUGGACAGCUCAAUAAAGCUUGGGAUUUCAUUCAAGAUAUGCCUGUUGAGCCUGGGAUUACAGUAUUUGGUGCCAUGUUGGGUGCUUGCAAAAUUCAUAAAAAUGUUGAACUGGGUGAGAAGGCAGCAAAAAAACUGUUUGAGUUAAACCCAGAUGAAGGUGGGUACCAUGUACUGCUCUCGAAUAUAUAUGCCACAGCUUCAAUGUGGGACAAAAUGGCCAAAGUGAGAACCAUGAUGGAGAAGACUGGGCUUCAAAAGACUCCUGGCUGCAGCCUAGUGGAAUUGAAAAAUGAGGUUCACAGUUUCUAUUCUGGAAGCACGAUCCAUCCCCAAUCCAAAAGAAUAUAUGCUUUUCUUGAGACAUUGGGAGAAGAUAUUAAGGCUGCCGGUUAUGUGCCUGAUACUAAUUCAAUUCAUGAUGUGGAGGAUGAUGUUAAGAAGCAGUUGCUCAAUAGCCAUAGUGAGAAGCUGGCUAUCGCGUUUGGACUGUUAAAUACCAGCCCGGGAACAACCAUACACAUCCGAAAAAACCUCCGAGUUUGUGGAGAUUGCCAUAACGCGACUAAGUAUAUCUCUCUUGUGACCAGACGGGAAAUCAUAGUGCGUGAUAUGCAUCGGUUCCACCAUUUCAAAAACGGAACUUGUUCUUGCGGAGAUUAUUGGUAAAGUCGUCAAGGGUUGAUUCUUGAGAGUUGAUGUACUAGCUACAAAUGAUGAUUUACUAGGAAUGGGGCCUCGGGGUACAGAUAAAAAGAGUUCCAUGGAUGAAUUUUGUUGUUUCCAUAUUGUUACACAUCAUGAUAUUAUUGACGAUCUUCCCCAAACAGUGCAAAUUAAUAUCUUAAUAAGAGAACAAACAGAAGGUCUGGAAGUUGAGCUGCCAUUUUUCUAACCAACAAACAUUAAAAAGAGUAAUCCCUGGUACUGAUUUGAAAUGGAUGGAGCAUGUUCUCUGAGUUACAGGCCAAAUUGGCUCUGGACAUGGAAAGCAGCAACUUAAAGUUGAGCAAAAUUGUCAACCAUGGGUGAAAGGUCACAAAACAAACCAACUGGCCAUUAAUUUGUGAAAGUAUAAAGUCACGAGUAUUAGUAUACGCUUAAUUUAUGAGCAAUGAACAACUUGAAUGCAGGAAUCAAAUAUAAAUCCAUACCCCUUUAACACCGUUAGGUUAGCAGUUCAUAGCUAACUUUAGAUCUGGCCACUGCCAGUGCAUACAUAUAUUACCAAUAUAAUUUGCCUCUUGAUCUAUUCAAUUAGGGAUGACAUGUCAACAUAUCCAUAUUACUAUAUUAUGCCCAACAAGUCUCAAGGCCAUCGGAAUGGUAGAUAGAUGUAGAACAGAAGCUUCCUGUCCUGUAUUAAAUUUAGGUUUGCGUAGUGCAUCCAAUGUCUUGUAGCAUAAAACUAAAUAUGUUGGACAUAUACAGUAGACUUACAAAACAUUGAUGAGAGUUCAUAAGCAAUAAUAUUUCCUCCCUCUAAAUACAUGUAUUUUUUCUUUUUUAUUGUUAAGUUACACAAAUACCCACUGAAUUUGAAACAUUAUCUCACCCUCCACCUCAUUUUUUUUAUGAAGGGAGGAAGUGCCAUGUGAGCUUAGAGCUCAUUGACUACAUAGAUGUAACCAACAUACUAUAGCCCAAUUCUUAUUAGACCAAAAUCAGUAACCAAAACCUACAACUCAAUCUGAAAAAAUGCAUUCAACUAAUUACAUAUAAAAAUUAUAAGGCAUUCUUGAAUCAAACCAGGUUCAAAUGCAAAUCAUGUUUACAUGGAUUAACACACAAGUGUUAGAGGAAGUCAAGUCACAUAUCCAGUCAUCCAUUAUCAACAUCAUCCAACCACCAUAAGUUUCGAAACAUUCUUACAACAUUCAUUAGAAGUAAAAAGUACAUAAUAUAAUUUUAUUCAUAAAUAUUCUGACUAUUUUAACUGUCAUUAUGGUUCACACAUUCCAUAAGAUAUCUAUAAUAAAGUAAUCACCAAAAGCAUUUUAUUCAAAGACAUUAUUAUGUAAAUUUCAGAAUUGACAGCAUGGAAGUCCACAUUUAAUUCUUGUGAAUGUUACAAUGUUUGAACAUUUAAGGGAUUGAAGAUUCUUCAAUUUCAUGUUGAGCUGGGCAUAAGUAAGAAGGCACUUUCACAAAAUAAAACACGCGGUGCUACACAUAUUUGCUGAGAAAACGGAGGGGAAGGAAUGAAAUUCACUACAGAUGCUCCCCUCCCCUGAUUUACCGAACCAAAACAGAAAAAAUUAACUAACCCCAACAACUUGGGCUAGCCACUGAGCCUAGUCACCAAGUAAGCAUGGACACAAUACGGGUAUGGGUACAAGAGCGACACGAGUAAUUUUUGAAAAAUUAUAACAUGACACGGUGAGUACGAGACCUCAAAUGAAGUGUCCAUGCUGCCUAGUAGUUACAACUCUUGGCUUUCUCCUAAAGUUCAAUAAAGCAUAUCUUCAGAUAGUUUUCGGGAAUUUUAAGAUCAUUCAGAAACAUCCAGUCAGACUAUUUUGAUUUUCAUAGUGUUUCAAACCCAAAACACACAAUAUAAGAAGAAAUUUCAACUAAAUGGCGUCAUGAAAUUAGUCCACUAAUACCUUGAUAACCACACACACAUACACAUACACAGAAAAAUCUAACACUUUCUAUUACACAAUGAAACCAAAAAAAAAAAAAAAAAAAA